AUGAUCUUUAAAAACCUAUCUAAAUUAUCACCAAUUUCCAAUCACGGAGCCAAUCAAAAUGUAACAGUCCAAAGUUAUUCAGAUGUAUCAAGUGAUUAUGUUAAUUCAAUUGCUUGCAGACGUCGUCGUGGAUGUUGUGGUGCCAACAACAUUGAUAUCGAUAUCGAUAUUGAUAUUUGUAUCGACAAUGGUUUUGGUGGUCGUCGUGGUGCUCAAUGGUGGUAA